UCCCAGCGAGGCCUGGGCACGAGGCUGGCUCUUCAUGGCGGAUGCCCACCGCCCAAGAGGACCAGCGCCAGCCUCCUGCUUCGUGCCUCGCAGGUUAGCCGCAGAGAGUGGCGUCCGCCUUCCCGGCCUUCCUCCGGCCCUGAGAGCUCCGCCAGAAGGCCCUCAGCCUCACUUUCUCAAGCACUAGGUGCUCGGCUCCGAGAGAGGAGACCAGGCUUCUGUACCGGAAGUGGCUCGACGGAUGUGGCUUCACGGAGGGUUCCCACAGGGAACCGCGUCCCGCCAUCCUCUCCACUGGAGGCCCAAUGGUUGCUGGCGGUGUCUGAGGACACUCUUGGCCAGGACGAGGCGAGAGAACAGCCUCCCGCUUCUGGUUUCCCGGGUCAUUCCUCGAGCCCAAGUUUCAGCGACCGCCGGUGGCAGAGAGAGGUGACGGCUUGGUUAUCUGCCAGAUUUCCUUCAGUAAAAGAAGUGGCUCAGAAGCCCCCAGAACCAGUGUGGUCUUUUGUUACAAAGCAUGCUGACUACAAAAGUGGUUCCAUUAUCUACAAAGCCAAAGAAAUCCUUUGUACUGAGAGUUCCGAGGGACUCCAAGCUAGGCCAAGGCCUUCGACAUGACACUAGUGAGCCCAAGACCAUCCACCAGCUGGUUCUGGAGCACUUUCUUGACUUCUGGCCUAAGCCAUUCGUGGGCCAGCCCUGUCAGAAAGACAAGGAGUCCUUGGUUAUGAAGAAUGUGAAUUCAAGCCUUCAGAACAACGUGCUACCUCAUCCUUUAGUGAAGCUUCUUCCCAGAGAAGGAGUCCAGCAGAAACAGGAGACAGUGUCUCUGUGUUUUAAAGCUGACUCUGAGGUGCAGAUGGUCUUUGAGGAUUUGAAUGUAUAUCACUCCCAAGAAGAAUGUGUGAGCACAGAUCCUGCUCAACAACCUACCCCAGAGAAGAAAGCAUUCAAUGAGAGUAAUCCCAAGGGUGAAGUUCUUCAGAAUGAUUUUAGAGAGAAGUCUUCAGAUGUUGAUGCAGUGGACAAACCUUGCAAAAAAGGAAGAAUAAACACACCCAUUCCACAGCAAAGGAAAUUGAGGAGUCUUUUAGUUACCAUUGAAAAUGAGGAUCCACUGGAGGAUCUCUCAAAAUAUGUAGACAUCAAUAUUACUGCACUUACUCAAGAUCAGAAAACAAAAAGGUUGUAUACGUGUCCCGUGUGUGGAAAACAGUUUCAUGAAAGUUCUUACCUUAUUUCCCACCAGAGGACUCACACUGGUGAGAAGCCCUAUGACUGUAGCCACUGUGGGAAAAGAUUCAAUCAUAAAACAAACCUCAAUAAGCAUGAGCGAAUCCAUACAGGUGAGAAACCUUAUUCCUGUUCUCAGUGUGGGAAAAACUUUCGUCAGAAUUCUCAUCGGAGUCGCCAUGAAGGAAUUCAUAUAAGGGAGAAGAUAUUUAAGUGUCCAGAAUGUGGGAAAACUUUCCGCCAAAAUGAAGAAUUUGUGCUGCACCUGCAGAGUCAUGAGGUUGAGAGACCAUACAGUUGCAAAAACUGUGGGAGAAGAUUUGGUCGCCUGUCAAACUGUACCAGGCAUGAGAGAAUUCACUCAGCCUGUAAGAUUCAGAAGCAGAAAUGAGGUGAGGAAAGAUCCUGCCUCUGCCUGAAAAGUUCCAUAAAGAAUUCUGGAAUCUCCGGGCUGCCUAAAAAGAUACUAAUACAUGAGAGACCUCAUUAGAGCCAUCUUGGCUGAAACAUCAAAAUUUUAGAAGUUUCCGAGGGAAAGAAACAUCUUCAAGUGCUUUAAUAUACCUCAGUCAGCAUCCAGGCCUUUUGGACUAAGAAGCUUUCUUUGUGAAGUUGUAAAAUGUAUAGGUUGCACAACCCCUUCCUAAUGAAAUAUGAAUGGAGUUCAUGACUGUGUACCUCAAAGGUGAUCAGUGACUCAUCUUUUGAAAUAGAUCUUUUUCCCUCACAGAAAUUUACACUUUUGAGAAGUAAUACAGAGGUCCUUAUCUCAAACUAUUCCCUUGAAAGCCACAUCACUGAUUUUUUUUUCAACCAACAUCUUCCAAUAGCCAUUCAUGUAACCCUCUAUGAAUACCCUGAUGAAGAUUGAAUGUUUAAUUGUUUACUUUUCAAUAUAGAAAACUACAGCUCAUGAGUGUCAAAUAUUUAACUCAUUUGUAUGAAAUUUAGAAUAAUGAUCAGUCCAAUAACAUUGGUAAUUUGUGGUGAAAAGAGACUAUUUUACAAAAGUCCUUUCUACAAAACCGCAUGUCUGCUGUUCUUUCUGUUGAUCUUUCAUAUGUUAGUCUCAUGCCGCUAUAAAAAGAAGUGUGGUUCACUCUGACUCAUUGUCAAGCUCGACCUUAUCGCUCUCCUGAACCAAGAUCUCCCAUAGAGGGAGGGAAUCCCAGUGGGCUUGAAGAAGAGGGGCAGACCUGGAGGCAAGAGAAGUUGGCUUGGAUCCAUGGUUUGUUGAUGACCUUACUUAUGCUUAAUUCUACUUUGUAUAGCCAUCAGACCUUGAGCAGUGGGAUGGUUACUACCUCAUAAGGUAACGUUUUUAGAAAUGGUAUCUCCAGAGGGUCAGUCCCAUUGCCUCUCGAGACAGGAUUCCAGGUAUCUUUAUUGAGGUGGAUGCUUGAUGUCCUUGGCCUUCAGUGCUCUCUGCAUAGAAGCAAAGCCAAUGGUGCCUUCAUGAGACAAUCUUGUAGUGGUGUGCUUAGGAUUUUUAAGUCAGUUUUGCCUGAUUCUAAGUUUCCUGAAGUUCACAUUGGUUAUUUUGUUUGGAAUGAAUGCAUCUUGUACAUUAUUUAAGAAAAUUCAUUAGUGUCUCCAGAUUUUGUGUCUUAUCCAGAAACCUUUUUAUUUGUGCAGUAUUUUCCUGAAUAAAUGUUUCAAUUUUUUUCCACUUUU